UCUGGGAUGUCUGCUGUCUGCGAUUUCUGCGCCCUGAUUGGUCGCUGACACGAGGGGGGCUGGGAUUUGCCAUAACAAUGCACUUCAAGAAUCAUACACGCGCCAACGGGAUGUUUUCUGUCGUUGGGGAAACAACAUUCGCUUUGUACGACCGUUAACGGCGUUUCCUGCUCAGGAAGACGGUGUCGGUAACGGUUAGCGUUUCCAUGGUUUCCGGAUAACACGGCUCUCCUAUGCAGCAGCAGAGAGCGUGUGUAAGGUGGCUAACGUUAGCAAGCUAAUACAAGCUCCGUCGGGGACGUUUAUUGUUAAAUAUCUGUCGGAAGAAACGGUUGUUUGUUGAUAGCCUGUUACCAUUAUAUCCUAUGUCGGACGAUGAAAUUAGCCUAGAAAAAGAAAAUCUUGAAAAAAAACGAUAACUUGAAUGGGAUGCGAGAUUUCGGAAGCUAAAACACCUGCAGUCUUCUUCAGUCACCAAGGAAGCAAAUUAGCUAAAAAAGGUUAAGACAAUCAGAGACAACAUAGAAGGGCCUCCACUGUACACUUUCCUUCCCCAGACUGUGACUCGUCUGCACGACGUCACCAAUGCGACCAUGGGAAAUAGCAGUAAAUAGGCUGCCACCAACAGCCCCCUUAAACCCCAGGAGGUUCCUCGGAGAGCCCUGCAACGCCCCAGUGCAUCUCAGGAGAAGCCCACCAGUGAGACGCCAGUGGGGGAGACGAGACAGACCUGUACUGCACGCUUCCCAGGUGCAGGAUGAGAACUUCCACCACCUUUUUUUCUCCCAACACCCCCAACAGGUUCCUUUAGAUGAGUCCAGACAGUACAGCCACACCAGCACAGCAGCACGCAUGCUUCACCCUGCUGCCCACCUGCCCCAGCAGAGCCCCAUCAUGGUGGAUCUACACGAGCAGAUGCACCAGGGAUCCGUUCCAAUAUCUUACACUGUUACAACGGUGACGACCCAUGGAUUUCCCAUUCACACCGGGCAGCCCCUUCCAGGGUGCAACACUCAGCAGCUCCCAGCAUGCUCGGUAAUGUUCAGCGGACAGCUCUCUCUGCUCUGCUGCCUUCCUCCUCCUCUCAUACAGGCGUGUACCAUGCAGCAUAUACCUGUGUCUUAUCAAGCUUUUCCACCGCUGAUGUCCAGCGAACAUUUUGUAUUGCACCCGACCCCAUCUGUACCCCCCCACCAGCCGCCGCACCUUACUCCUUUGAGCCAGUUUGUCCCUUUACAGCCUCAGCACCCACGCAUGCCUCUACAGAGGGUAGACAAUGAAGUUGACCUAAGAGGGGACCAGCACCCAUUAGGCACCUUCUCCUACCCUCCCUCUCAUCAUCCACCAGCGCUGCCUCCUUCACUGCCCCUACAGUAUCUUCCUCAAGAGCCUCUGCAUCAGGAACUUCCCUUCGGAGUGCCAUAUCCCCACAUGCUGCCACGGCGAGUGAAUGGACAAAGAUUUCGGCUGCAGCAGCCUCUCCCCCCUCCGCCUCCAUCUUACUACCCUGGCUUCCUUCCUUACUUCCUGUCAAUGCUUCCUGUGCCUCCAACAGCAGUGGGCCCAGCCAUCAGCUUAGACCUGGAUGUCGAUGAUGUGGAGAUGGAGAACUAUGAAGCACUACUGAAUUUGGCAGAGAGAUUGGGUGAAGCAAAACCACGUGGACUCACAAAAGCAGAUAUAGAGCAGCUUCCAUCCUACAGGUUCAACUCAGAGAAUCAUCUAUCUGAGCAAACGCUGUGUGUUGUGUGCUUUAGUGACUUUGAGUGUAGGCAGCUACUUCGAGUGUUACCUUGUAACCACGAGUUCCAUGCUAAAUGUGUGGAUAAAUGGUUAAAGACCAAUCGCACUUGUCCAAUCUGUCGAGCGGAUGCCUCGGAUGUGCACCGGGAGGCGGAGUGAGAUUCCAGUCUCUGAGUGCUGAACUUGAAUGCUGCUCCCACCAGAGUCUGUCUCAAAGCUGAGGACACCUGCCACAUAACCUGCGUCCUCCAGUAAAUAUAGCUUAACAAACCCUCUACUUCUGCCCCUCAGUUGACGAUAAAGAAACCCAGGACUGUUUCUGGAGCGCGUUGUUCCUCCGCUAAUCUUCACUGUCCGAGUGUCAUGAAACCCACUGCCUACAGCAGCCUACAGCCAGAGCUCUGGGAUCGCCAGCCACUUCUGUCUCUGCCCCCACUUUGCAGAUUCACUUUGCAGAUUCCAAAGAUUUUCCCUACAAUGCAUUAUUUGCUGCUUUUGUUUACAGGGUUUCCUCUUUUCAAUUUGUGGAUUUUGGUAGAGUUCACAAAAAAGUAGAAGUCCUGCAUUGGAGGAGAUGAGUCGGAAGCCUGGAGGAUCACACGCUCGGAUGCCUUGUGCAAUUAGCAGAAAAAUAUUAGGAGUACUUCAUCGUUGGGUAUCUGUGUUUGGAGGCGCUACUUAACCAUCAGAGAUGCAUGUUAGUGUUGGUGUUUGGCAAAGUGACUUGUUAAUAAUGUAUGUUCUGCAAUAACGUAUCGAUUGUUUUUAAUAGUUUUCCUCCUUAAUUGUUUUCAACUUUGCCAAUGCUGUUGUGAAAGUGUGAUUUGCUAUGGUGGCGUACAGAUUCUGUUGAGCCCGAGGUCAUGGACUGCAAGUGAUGGGACGUGCAGCUGAGAGGUGUGUCUCCGAGCCCUUACAACCUCUGGAACACAGAUCUGUACAAAAGCAGUAAUGGAUCGAUGGAUUUUUGAGGUCGUCCGCCAUUAACUGCACAAGUGCUACAAUCCUUUCUCCACGUCAACAUUGUUCCUCUAGCAAGUGCGUGCGUAAGUGUGCGAGCGCUUAUGUGUGAUAGCGCUUGUGUGUGCGUGUGUGGAUGUUUGUCCUGUUCACAGAGCCAAUGCGUUUGUGUGUAACCACUGGAUACAGGGCAGCAUGCUAGGAUUUGCAUGAACUGUUGAUUCAGACUAGCAAUAUUAUCAAGCAUUGCCACCAAAAGGAUUCACUUUUAAGAAAAGAUAAAGACAUAGAAGCAUACUAAAAAGAACUGCUUGCUCACCUAUAAAAAAAAAAAAAAAAAAAAAAAGUACCACGAGGGGGGAAAAAGAAUAGCAUGUGGUUACACUCUGGUUGUUUUUAAAAGAAAGGAAGAGCUCGUUUAAAGGCGCGGCUGAACCCGACGAGUUCUGGAAGCCCGCGUGGAAAGCAAUACAUGCUGUGAUCGGACAUUUUCUUCCCCUUUUAGGAAGACUUUGGCUUUUUAUUUCUUUCUUGUGAGCCAAAUCCAAUAUACGUAUUUAGCCUACUGUUAAAUAUUUCAGAUCUGCCUUUUUAUGACGUUGACAAGCACAAACCUGUUACUAAUCCUAAACGUACGUUGUCGUUUCCACUUUGAAUAGUUUUUAAAACAAAAGAAAAAAAAACGUUUAUUUAUUGGUUUAAUCCUUAAGAGAAAAGUCCAUUGAAGGAAACGGUUGAAGCACUAAUGAUGUCUGCAUUAGGGUGUCUCUUCUAAUCUGGUAAGUUGGUCAGGUCAUUGUCUUAGGCCAUGGUUGAUGGCGUUAUAAAAGAGCAACCGUAUUUAUAGCUUCAGUGUGGAUGUUUGAAGACAGAAGAAUGUUAGAAGUCUCCAGUGGCGCUCCCAACACGUCACCAAUACGUGUUCAGUAGUAUAGAAACACUGUAAGACUUCUGGUCACCCCCCUCCCCCCCCGCUUGUGUUACGCGUGGAAAACAGGACGUAUAAUUGGGGUUCGGAAGGAAAAGGGCAACGAAUGAACUUUUGCUUGGAAUUCACUCUUGUCUUUUUUACUGCCCCAGUGAGCACUAACAGGCAGUGGUAACCUUUGCUUUGACGUGUAAAGGGUUCUCGCCUUUUCUUAACUUUUGUUUAAGUGAAUGUGAGUCUUUGAUGUGUGCCACCUUCAAGAGAAAAAAAAGCCAUUUAAAUUCGUUAAACCCACAGCUUUGAGAAUUAACCUAUGUGUACAUAUCUAUUUGCUGGCAUAUAUUGUAAGUUAAAAAAAAAAAAAUCACUCAGGGCCUCUCGGUAUAUAAAAAAUAAAUAAAUAUGAACAGUCCAUUUUUUUUUCAAAUGGAACGGAUGCCAUGAAAAGGGUAUAUCUGAAUUCAGUUUGGUUGGUUUUCUUAGACCAUAAAUGAUUUAUCGUAACCAAUUAUAUUAUUGUUUUGUUGGAAAUAGUAAAUAUUACACCAUUUAAAGACAGGCAUGCAAGAAAAGAUCAAUACGUAUGUUAACAAUAUUCACUUAAAAGAAGAUGACUCAUUACAAUUGUAUUAUUCAAACCUGUUAGACUUUCGUUCUUGUAAUCCAACCAUAUUUUCAGACAUAGCAGUUGUGAUUCCAUAUUUAAACGUGCCACAGAGCACUCUAUCCUACCUAAGUCACUCCUAAAUCGACUUCAGAUGUGUUUUUGCAUGACUUUUAAAAAGAAAAAAAGGUAAAACAAAUGUGUUACAGUGGAGGACAUCUUUAAAAAAAAAUCUGGUGGGGGACCUAUUUAAUGGUGCACAAUAUGCAUGCUCGUCAACCAGACCCCUGCUGAUUUUUAGCUCUAGUUGGCUCGGGUUCUGGAAGUUUGGAUCUUAACGCUCAGCUGAUAACUGCCAUGCAUUGUACUGCACACAUUUGUAAUAGAACUGAAUGACUACAAGAUUUUAUUGCGCUAACUUCAUUUUAUAUAGGGGAAAUUUAAAAAAAAAAAUAAAUCUUACAUACAUUGUGUUACUGUUAUUGCCCUAACGACUGAGAAAUACAUGCUCUGAUACUACUGUAGUCUUAUCAAAAGCCAUAGUGAAAAGGUGCUAGAUGUUCUGCUUUUAGGUAUGAAAACUCACACAGGUGAAUGCAAUAGUUUGUCAUGGAUCUCAUGUAUUCUUAAAGCAUGUUAUACCAAUACCCCGAAACAAUGUCAGUGAAAAUCAAUAUAGUUUAAGGGAUUUAAGUAAAAAAAUAAAAAAUAAAAUAAAAAAGGAAGAAAAGUGUUGUCAUACUUAUUUCAGUGUAGUACUCUAUCUGCCUAUCGGGCUCUUGCUCUUAGUGUAUGAAUAUCUUUAAAAAAUGUAUUGUUCACAUAUAGAAGAUACCUUAAUUCAUGGUAAUGUUAGCACUAUUCCUUUAUGGGGAAGAAAGUAUAUUUAAUUGACAGUAUCCAGCAACCUUGUUAAAUAAAAAGAACCAUUUAAGGCCUAGUUAAUGAGCUAAUUUAACUGAUAACUCAAAGUCUUGUAGUCUUUCUGUUGAGAGUUAAAUGAAUAAUCUCACAGCUUGUGUGGUGCAAAAAAAAAAAAAAAAAAACGUUUUACCAAUAAGCAGCUAAAGUUUAUUUAGGAUUUGUGAUUGAUUGCUCCGUAGAUUGCCAUUUGUUGUUUACCAAUGAUAUUUUUCUGUGGUGGGUUAGUGGUUUACUGUUCUUACACUCCUCGGCCUCCGGGGGGUCCUUGCCUGAACAUCAGAUUUAACCCACCCACGAACAGAACCAGGGGGCAUGUGUUCUGUGUUUAGGCAGAUAUUUUUGCUUUGGUACUUGCACAUUUACAGUUACCUCAUUUUUUUUCCAUGUUUGUAUUUGCAAGGGUGGGGGGAGAAAACGACUAAUAUAUAUUAUAUAUAGGAAAUGGUUGUUAAUGUUAUAAUUUUUCAUUCCAUUGGAAUCAUAUUGUUUGUAGCAUUUAACAUAACUAGUUAGUGUAUUAUAUAUACAUCUGUAUACUGUUUGAAAUUUUUAAGAUUUGUACUUUUUUUAAAUGAAAAUUGCUAGUUAUGCUUUACCAAGUAGUGCAAUCAUUUUUUUUUUAACUGUUGUGGCUGAUUUGAGAGGGUUGUUCACUAAUAAAUGUAUGAUGUAUACCAA